AUGGCAUCGGGACACAAGCGAGACCAUGAUGGCAACGUCGUCAGCAAUCACGCAUCGGAAUAUCCUCCAGGAGGCCAUGCUGUAGCCAACUCCAGUAAGCCGACACGGCGGUAUGAAUGCAGCUUCGAGGGUUGCGGCAAGUCAUAUACUCGCGCCGAGCAUCUGGGCCGACAUCAACUGAAUCACAAUCCCAAGGACAUCUAUUCUUGUGAUUUUCCUGGCUGUACACGAGUCUUUGUCAGGCAGGACUUGUGUGUGCGACAUCGCGAAAGGCAUGAUGCGCCUCCUAGUAAGAGCGGUGGUGCCUCGAGUGAGGAGGAAGACGCCGAAGCUGGGAGUACCACUCGACGUGUAGGUCGGCCACGGUUGUCUUCUCUUAACCAAAAUGGCUCUGCUACGAAAACGAACCUCCAUCACCCAGCAACGAUUACACAAUCUUCUUUGCCACGAGCGAAAUCCAUGUCAACACAUGAUGGUUCUGAACAGAUAGAACAGACAACAACCUUCUCACCGCGUGCCUCUGUGGGUUUGAUCAGCAACGUAAGCGCCUUCUCAAUCGACAUGCAUGACUCAGGACCAUCUCAACACGGUACCGGUAUAGCUCCAAUACAGUCAACCCGUGACUUCCAAUUGCCCGUCCUUGAAUUCAAUGAAUCGCCAGCGUCGGUUCGUGACGAGUUCACGUCUUGGCUAUUUGAUGAACAGUUUCCAAAUGUAAACAGUGGGCCGUUUUUGUCGACUGCGUUGAACACAUUGGGCUUUGGCAUGAAUAACUAUAUGGGCUUCGGGACAAUGCCAAUGUUCUCCGAUUAUACCAACGAUAGCCUGCUAGAUAUUGGUGUGGACGCUAGAACAUCGAGUACAGGCGAAUUCGAAUUCAUGCCUGACGACGAUACAGCUUGGCUUUCAUCAGCGAAGAGGCAAAAGUUGAUUGAACUGAUGCGGACUCGUUUCAUCGAUGCCGAGAACACAGAUAUCACUUCUUUAAGGUUGGAAAUCUUCUCUGGGGAAGACGCUGACGCUGAAGAACACAUUCUCAGCCUAAGAUCCAUGCAACUCUACCUGGGCUCUUACUGGAAGCAUUUCCAUCGGCAGAUGCCCAUUCUACAUCAGCCGACCUUCUCAGCAGAUACUGCAAACGACCUACUUGUGCUGGCCGUCAUGGCACUGGGAGCGUCACAGCUCGGCAGUCGUUAUGGUAGACUGAAGACGACCGCUGCCUCCAAAUUCGCAACUUUUGUAGCAUGGCAUCUGCGCUGGCAGAUCUUCAUGCAUGCUGAUUUUCGCCCUCCUGCCAAGCUAUGGGUCUUUCAGACACUAAUUCUGCUAGAAUUCUACGAGAAGUCAGGCUCGACACGCUUAUUGCACGAGAGAGCUCAUGUACAUUCUGCCACUCUAAUUAAUCUCAUGCGAAGAGGUACGACCUUGACGGGUGAAGAUGAGACCGCCAGACGUACCCCGAAUCCAACCACUCCUGAUGAAGCUUGGCACAGAUGGAUAGAGACAGAGUCUACACGAAGAGCGGCCUUCGCGGCAUUUUGUGUCGAUGCAUCUCAUGCUAUAAUGUUCGGCCAUGCCGCAAUAAUGGUAGUACACGAACUCAGGUUACCACUUCCGUGCGACGAUGCUUUGUGGUCGGCCACAUCAGCUCCCGAGGUUGGGCGUAUUCAUGCUAGUCUGCAUACUCAUGGCAUCAAACCGACGACUUUUAUCGAAGGUCUGAAACGUACACUAACCGGCAAGAAAGUCAAGGCAAACAACUUCGGCAGAGCUAUCCUUAUGGCAGGACUCCAAUCAAUUACUUGGCACCUUCAUCAAAGAGACCUACAAGUUUCGAGCUUAGGUGCUUCCUCUUCCCUAGGAAUGCCCACAAUAUGGCGCGAAGCUAUGGCAAAGUCCUUUGAUUUCUGGAAGCGCGAUUUUGACGACAGCAUGAUUCACAUGAAGAACGUAGCACUGCCUUGGCAGCAGACUCUGAAUUCGGAAGAUCGAGACGCAUGUGCUUCCGCGGACGUGGUACACCACUUGAGCCAUAUUGCCUUGCACGUCGAUUUCACCGAAUGCCAAAUAUACACUGGUGCUCACCGGCUGUUUGGUAGAACAAUCACAAGAGCAGACCGCGAACGAGCCAAAACGAAAAUGCUCGAAUGGAGCAAAACUCCCGGCGCAAGGAGUGCUACUUUUCACGGCCUCCAGAUUCUUAGAGCGGUCAUUUUACAGACGACGAGCUCCGCCGAUUUCUACACAUGCCAUGACGACCAUCUACUCAACCGCAGCUGGGCUAUCUAUCACGCUCUACUGGUCUCAUUCGCUUACGGCUUUGCCAUGGAUGGGCCACUACGACCUUGGCCGGCCCAACUUCCGGCACAUGACACUCCCUUCUCAUCACCCACACCCACCCUAGGUUGGCCAGGUAUACAGACGUCAACAUCUGACAACCAAUUCCAUACCUAUCUGAAGGACGCCAGGGCGUUCCUAAACUCCACAAGCCAUGUCAAAGCCGCAGACGAUCUUCGAUCGAUGCAUUCUGGACGGAACAGGUUGGCUGGCAUGCUCCGACUUUUUGCACACGCUUUCCGCGACUCCAGAUGGGAGCUUAUGCAGGAAGGUGCGCAGAGACUUGAAAGGGCUGUCCAAAUCUUACGCGAAGGUGAAGCAUGA